GCCGCAUGUUGCGGUGUGUGAGCCGAUCCUGCACCCACAUCCACGCAGAACAGAGUGUGAGCAACUCUGGUGAGAAGUAGAAAAGUUGAGUGUGGAGUGUUGAGUGGUGUUAGAUGAUAUAACACGCAGGUUUGCUGGUUGUGUUUAUGCGUAAGGCGCGCGCGUUAAUGCGCUUAAAGGAACGUCACGCGCGCCAGGCUCGAGCGCAGGAGACAGCUCGGUGUGUGCGCGUGUGGGAGUGUGAGUGUGUGUGAAAGGCAGAGAGGGUAACACAGUGGUUCGGAUAAUGGCAAAGAGGAAAGUGUUGUCAGACGGAGACUGCUUCAGACGGCCGGUGGAUGAGAGGGCAGCCCUCAGGCGAAGCUGCCCCCGGGGUGGGGGCUCGUGCUGAAGCGGGGACGCGCGUGGCGCUCAGGAGAGGCACCGGAUUUCUACAGAAAUGCCCACCAACCUCACUGCUUCUACCAACCAGACCGCACAGCUCUCCGCCACGAACCACAACUUUCCCGCACUCAUAUUCGGGAUAUUACUCAUCGUCGUGAUUAUCUGCGGGAACCUGCUCGUGUGCCUCAGCGUGUACAGAGAAAAGGCUUUAAAAACUACCACCAAUUACUUCAUAGUAAGUUUAGCCGUGGCGGACCUGCUCCUGGCAGUGCUGGUUCUACCCCUGUUUGUAUACGCAGAGUUCCAGGAUGGAGUUUGGUCCCUGAACAUGACUGUGUGUGAUGGCCUGAUGACCAUGGAUGUGAUGCUGUGUACUGCCUCCAUAUUCAACCUUUGUGCAAUUAGCAUUGACAGGUUUAUUGCGGUGUCCGUGCCACUCAAUUACAACCGCAAACAUGUGGACCAGCGGCAGAUCGUCCUGCUGUCCGCCACGUGGAUCCUGGCACUAGCCGUGGCCUCGCCCGUGCUGUUCGGCAUCAACGACGUGCCAAAUCGGGACCACAGCGAGUGCAAGCUGGAGGACAACAACUACGUGGUCUAUUCCUCUGUCUGCUCAUUCUUCGUGCCCUGCCCCAUCAUGCUGCUGCUCUAUUGUGGAAUAUUUCAGGGCCUCAGGAGAUGGGAGGAGGCGAGGAAAUCCAAGCUGAAGAGCAGCAUGCAGGCCUGUCAGAAACUUGAAGAGCCACCAGCAUCUCUACCACCACUGGCUGCUCUACCACCACCUCUUCCCCCAGUCAUAGAGAAUGACUUUACAGACAUUAAUCUGAAAGAGAUGGACCAGGAUCCUGAUCCGGACAGUCCUUAUACGAUAGAAUGUAAGAAUGGGCCUGUACCUUCGCUGACCUUCUCUGAUAGUGGUUACAACCACGAUCAGAGCCAGGAGAAGAAGAGGGCGAAGAUUAACGGGAGGGAGAGGAAGGCCAUGAGGGUGCUUCCAGUCGUGGUGGGUGCCUUCCUGUUCUGCUGGACUCCGUUCUUCGUGGUGCACAUGAUGCGCGCUCUGUGCGAGGACUGCGACAUUCCCAGCAGUCUCAUUAGCAUCGUGACGUGGUUGGGUUACGUUAACAGUGCCGUCAACCCCAUCAUCUAUACCGUCUUCAACACAGAGUUCAGGAAGUUCUUCAGGAAUUUUUUACCUAAAUGCUGCUAGACACACACUGCAUGCCUAAUGUUCAUU